UGUCGGAUCAUCAGAGGAGCUGCUGUGUGUCGACAACAGAGACAAUAAGAUGCAGACAUCUCACAGACCUGUGCAGUGGCUCGCUGUCAUGCUUCUUAUCGUCUCCACAUCCGGACAGUGUGAACAGAACAAGAGUCGUCGAGCUGUAACCGAACACCAGCUGAUGCACGACCGCAGCCAAAACAUUCAGAGUCUCAAGAGACUCAUCUGGCUGUCCAGCGCCAUCGAGGGUCUCCACACAGCUCAGACCCGAUCGGCCUCUUUCAACCCCUCAAAGUCCCUGAACCUGCCUGUGAGUCCUGCUGCCGAGAGCCCCCAACCCAGCCGGGUCCAGAGCCUCCUGAGAGACUUCUUUAACAAUCCCUACCUGACCCAGCUGCCCGACAGAGAGCCCUGACACCACACUGAUGC